AUGGACGGCCAUCCGGACAUCAAUGGCGAGAAUGAACGCUCCGCUGCGUACGCCACUGUUCUAAAGGUUGCCACCCGUCUCCUGGGCUUCCCAUCUCGAGUACUUGCGCGCAUGCGCCGCUUGGACGAGAUUCUGGGCGAGGAAUCGAUACAUCCGCGUGAACAUAGAGCAACAGGAGGGCAGUUUUCGCGAAGCCAGGCGGGGGAAGGAAGUCCUCCCUUUCCGGGGCCCCUCGGGUUCCUGACCUCUGGAUAUUUCUGCGGGCUUUUCGUUAUGGCAUUACUUCUCAAUCGUAUUCACAACAUCGUUGUGCCGAGUCGAAAUCCUGUGGCCGUACGCCGACGUGCCGGCGCAGGCAGCAUCCAUGAUCAUCGACCUUUACAUCCCAAUUCUUUGGGGCUUUUCUUCCCCGCUAAUCUAUCCUCUACUUUCUCUCGCGUAGUUUUUCGUAUACCAUCGAUCUACUUGCUCGGCAAGUCUCUCUUCAUUUGGUUUGUGCUUCUUUUGCAGGUAUCGCACGUAUAUCCGUCCUGGAAGUUGGGAUGGCUGCAAUCCAUCAGUCACUGGGCCAAGCAAAAGAAUAUGGAAGACAUUUGCUGGUUCACGUUUACGUCAACAUGCGUCGCCCUCGCUGUCGGGGCACUCACCAACGGAUUGGAGGGAUUUCACCUCAAUAGCAACUCGCCAUUUAACUUGUUCUCAUUUGCUUUUCAACUGCAUAUUUAUGCCUCCCCGACAACGCAUGCUGAGAAGUCACCAGGCUUCCCUUCUAGACCUAGCAAGCAUGUAAUCAUAACCAUCCUUAUUCCACUUCUACAAGCAAAGGUCAAAAAGCAGUGGUCGCGCUUGCGACUUCCCCCUACGACUGCUUGCGCACUGCUGAACCUCGCACACUUUCAUUCCAUCAUCUGGACUUCCCCAUCAUCUUAUCCCUUAACCAACUUCUUCCCCUGUGUUGUUGAAUCCAUGCUGUGCUUCAUUGUUUCACUCUCCGUUGGUCUAAAUGUUCUGACACAGCUCCUAGUGGAGGGGUCAAUCACACGGCCGCUCUUCGGGCAUGUUCAGACCCUUCUACCAAAGAUGGAUGAGGAUUUCGGAAUCGCACUCGUCCGCCUGGGUACUGCCAGCUUGGAGACGACAAGCGUCGCUGGAUUCGGCAAUGAGGUCAGCGAUAUUGCAAACGCAGCAGGCACUAUUGCAGGACGGGCGCACGAGGAAGAUAAAGGCUCUAUCGAAAUCGAUCGAUCGGGCGUGGUGUCUCUCACUCCGUCAUACGACAGGCAGGGACGGCAGAGGACGCAACGUCGCGGAUUCAAGAACGAGAUAAGCAAUGUCAAGGCGCAGGCUCAACCCUCGGACUUGUGGGCAGACACCAUGGUCAAUCUCGGCUGGCUGAGAGCACUGCGAGCUUUUGUUCUGACCUCCGGGAAGGCAGUCAGGCGCCUUUUCGGGGUAAUUUGGGCAAACGUUCGUAAUAGUCGCAAUGAAUCAAUGAAUCAGUCUGGAGAUUCCCCUACCUCCACCCCGUCUCGGACUCGACUUCAGAUCAGGUCUGACGCUGACGAGGACGAGGGCGCGGACGUGGCCGAAUAUCACCGGUUUCUUCGAGGGCAGUCCCUCACGGACGACGAAGAUGAUGGCUUCGAGCCACAGCAGGACGUUGAUAGGGAGAGUAUGUCGCCUAGUACGUCGUCCUUCUCAUCGGAUGAGGAUGAAGACCGUGGCGAGACCGUUCGGUUGUAUGCGGACCUUUCGCAGGCAGACAGUAUCUCCACACCAGCGCCGAUGCUACUGGCACAUAUGACGUCGACAUCGCCGCUCACCCGUCGGCGGUAUCAAGGACUGGUCUCGGAUCCGCAACCACAGAACGAGAAGGCAGACGAUUGGGAAGACUUGAUCCGAGACAGGAGGGAAAGCAAAAGAGGACAAGGGGAUACUGCUGACACCGGCCGACUCUCUUUGACUUUGACGCUAGAUGCCUUGCUUUGUGCAACGACUGUCGAGAGAACUUGGCAUCACGUUCGUCUGCGUCGAAACAUAGCUGUCCAUGUUGUCGUCGAGGCGUGGAUGGUUAUUCGAAAAUAUAUAUUCCUUGAACAAUCGCAGUAUUCCAUGAAUGUAGAUUAUACCGUGCAUCUCAACCUUAAUGUCAGCUUGUGUAAAUGA